AGGUCUGCGCAGUCUCUACUUCUUGUUGGUUCUCUCUCAUCCUGCGGCGGCAUCGACAAGUGAGCACAGAGAGGAAAUGGCGGAGGAAGAAGAGAGAGAAAGAGGGGUGACCCUUGAGGAGUUGAAGAAGAAAAUGGCUGAUUUUGCGAAGGAGAGAGACUGGGAUCAGUUUCAUAGCCCUAGAAAUCUCCUCUUGGCUCUGGUGGGGGAAGCGGGAGAGUUGUCUGAGAUAUUUCAGUGGAAAGGAGAGGUCCCAAGAGGACUUCCAGAUUGGAAAGAGGAAGAAAAACAACACCUUGGUGAGGAGCUAUCAGACGUGUUGCUAUACCUUAUCAGGCUCUCUGACAUAUGUGGUGUUGAUCUUAGUAAAGCUGCUCUUCGUAAGCUGGAAAUCAAUGCCAUCAAAUACCCAGUCAAACUUUGCAAAGGCUCCUCUAAAAAACACACCCAAAUCACCACUUCAGAUGGCAUAGACACCACCACCACUACCACCAACAGCAACCGCAAUGGUGUGUCUGAUGAUGGUGUCUUUCAUCUGUCCUGAUUUUGUGUCCCUCCAGCUUGUGCUUCUUUUUGUUGUUACAGUAACAAUGAUUCAUCUAAUAUUAUAUGUUGCCUUUUUGGGUUUAUUUUC